ACGAGGUGAAAGAAUGAAAACAGGGACCUUUUUUCAGUCCUCGCGCGCUGCGUCAUUGGUGCGUCCGUCGUGUCACUCAAAUGAGGGCGGGGUCCGCUAACAAACCAUAGUUCCAGUAAAAGCCUCUUGCUGCUGUACACACACAUAGACACACCAACGCACACACAACCACAGCAACAGGCUGCGAGGAACCCAGCGCAGAGCGGAAUAUCCCCAACAUUGGACUUGAAAAAGCAAUUUAUACCAAACUUUUUUUUUACCGACAGGGCUUUUCCAAACUGUUGCAUGUUCUCGUUUUAUUUCAUUCUGCUGUCAGUGGAAUCGGAAUACGACUUUCAAUGUAGACUUUUGGGUGACUAGGUGUUUUUUCUUCCACUGAAACAGAUUCCUUUUUUUUUUUUUAAAGCCAGAUUUCUACUCGCGUUGGAACUUUCAACUUUAGGAAUCCGGUGUUUAUGUGACAGUGUACCGUUUAUCCCCUGUUAGUUUUUUCUGUUGACACCAUGGCGGAAGCAGCGCAGCCACCGAUGGUGGACAUCGACCCGGACUUCGAGCCCCUGUCUCGGCCCCGCUCCUGUACUUGGCCGCUCCCCCGGCCGGAGUUCACCAGUCCCGGCGGCGGAGGGGACUCCAACGCGCCAUCACCGGUCCCUUCGGUCAAAACGGAGCCCGGCAGCGGUGACUACGUCACCAGCCUCAGCCUGCUGGAAGAGAGCGAAGACUUCCCCGAGGAUCACAAACCCUCCAUCGUCCUGUGCACUGACUUCCAAUGCCAGGAGAACUGUAUCCACCAGCAGCAUCUCCACCAACACCCCCACCAGCAGCACCAGCACCCCAGUCCGCAGCGGCCUCACCACCAGCAACAGGUGGCUCUCCUCCCGUCUCCGGUUGGCGGAUCCUCGGCUUCAGCGGCGCCGACCUCCAGCUCCUCAGUAGCGGCUGCCGCGGCCGCCGCCGCCCAGAGGAAGAGCAGCUCGUCACGCAGGAACGCGUGGGGGAAUAUGUCGUACGCGGACCUCAUCACCAAGGCCAUCGAGAGUUCCCCGGAGAGCCGGCUCACCCUGUCGCAGAUCUACGACUGGAUGGUGAAGAGCGUGCCCUACUUUAAGGACAAGGGGGACAGCAACAGCUCCGCGGGAUGGAAGAACUCCAUCAGACACAACCUGUCCCUGCACAGCCGCUUCGUGCGGGUGCAGAACGAGGGCACGGGCAAGAGCUCCUGGUGGAUGCUGAACCCCGAGGGUGGCAAGAGCGGCAAGUCGCCGCGCCGCCGCGCCGCCUCCAUGGACAACAACAGCAAGUUCAGCAAGAGCCGGGGGAGGGCCGCCAAGAAGAAGCUGUCCCUGCAGGGUGGUCCUGAGGGGGGGUCUGAGAGCCCCGGCUCCUCUUACACCAAGUGGCCCGGCAGCCCCAACUCCCACAGCAACGACGACUUUGACGCCUGGAACAGCUUCCGUCCGCGCACCAGCUCCAACGCCAGCACGCUGAGUGGCCGCCUCUCGCCCUUCAUGCCCGAGGACGACCUGGGCCACGAGGGCGACGUGCACAUGGUCUACCCCGGGGCGCCCGGCUCCAAGAUGGCGUCCACGCUGCCCAGCCUGACGGAGAUGGCGGGCUCGCUGGGCCACAGCUCGGAGAACGUGAUGGAGAACCUCCUGGACAACCUCAACCUCCUCUCGCCCAACAACUCCCAGGUCGGGGGCGGGGCCAGCACCCCGUGCUCCUCCCAGUCGUCCCAGUCGUCCCCUCUGAUGCAGGGCAGCCCGGGCUACCCGUCCUACAGCUCUCCCAGCAUGGGGCCUCCCGUGCAGCAGCAGCAGCAGCAGCAGCAGCAGCAGCAGCAGCAGCAGCAGCAGCAGCAGCAGCAGCAGCAGGACUUCCGCAAGUGUAUGUACGGCCCGGCCGGCAUGAACGCACUGACCUCUAGACCCAUGCAGCCGCUGGCCGAGACCAAGCCCAGCUUCGGCGUGCCCUCUCUGGGCGGGUACGCCUGCCCCGCCGGGCUCCUCAAGGAGCUCCUGACCAAUGACUCGGAGCAGCAGCACGGAGACCUCAUGCCCCCCUCCGUGGAGUCGGUGGUGUCGCCCCCUAGCGGCCGCUGCAUGCUGCCGUCCUACAGCAGCGUGCAGCACGGCGCCAAGCGCCUCCAGCACGGCCUGGCCCACCCCCGGCAGCAACCCCACAACCUCCUCAACCAGUCACCCGUGGCGCCCAUGAACGGGGGCCGCCUGCUGAUGUCGCUGAACCAUGUGGGUGGCAGCACGCGUCUGCCCGCGCUCAAGAGCCCCAUGCAGAUGCCCUACGGCCUGGUGAGCCACCUGGGCGGCGGUGGCGUCGGCGGUGGCGGCGGGGUUGGCAUUGGAGGAGGAGUGGGGGGGCUACCCAUGGGGUACUGCCCGCUGAGCACCAACGGGUACGGACGACCGGGGCCACUGCUGCCCCAGCACCACACCGAGAGGCUGCCCAGCGACCUGGACGACAUGUCCAUCGAGAGGUUCGAGUGCGACGUGGAGUCCAUCAUCCACGACACCCUGAUGGACGGAGACUCUCUGGACUUCAACUUCGAGCCCAUGGUGACCCAACCGGGGUUCAACCACGGCGUGAAGACCACCACCCACAGCUGGGUGUCUGGGUAGAGGUCUGCGGAGACUGAAGCCCCCCCUUCGCCCUCCUAAACCCCUCUCUCUCUUUCUCUCUCUCUCUCAGGCGCCUCAGUUGACUCAACGCUUUGUUUAAAGGACAAUGUAAAAUAAUUAUAAUAAUUUGGAAGCAUACAUGAUUUCAAUUCCCUUUCGCCUAAAAGUGACAAGAACUCUGACCUUCACAUUCCUGACCUUCCUGAUAUUUCAGUACAAAAAAUCUGUCCCCCUGAAUAUUCUCUUUCGAAAAAACGAGACUGGUUGUAUCUUUCGACAAAAGAUGCCUCUUUUCCAAUAGUACAAAAGUACAUAAACAAAUUAUUUUUCUAAACGUCCUGAUAAACCAAGUGCCAAAUGCUUUGCCUUAACCUCAGAGCCAAACUGAAACACGCCUCUCCGGUUUACUUGCUAAAGAUGCUAAUGGUCACAUUAGCUAACGUUAGCAUAAUCACUGUGCGUCGGUUGUAUUUUUUGUAUUUUAUUUUCAGUUAUCGAUUCUGCCAGCUAAACCCCAACAAUGCAGCACAAAUAACAACAUGAAACCGCACAAACUUUAACAGGAUGGACAUAUCGCUGCCUUGAUUACCAAUGUUUGUAUAUACUAUUCUAACGAUAAAUGAUGCUGACUUUAAUACGUGACAUGGGUGGUUGGAGUUGUGCGGUGGAGGGGAAGGGUUGGGACGUCUACAGGAGAUUUGGAGAGAACAUGAAACCAGUGGAAGAUGUUACAUAUUUGGUGACUUUCUUUGGCUUGAAUCAGUUGUACAUAUAUUAUAAUGUAAUUAGUACUAUGUGGUAUCGUAUUUGUAUUUUUUUAAGCCUGUACAUAGUGUUUACAGAGCGAAAAAAAAAUGAAAAAUCCUGGCAGCAGGCUUCAAGGUUUGAGUGUGCUGGGACACAAGACUGGAUCAGAUUGUUUUGUGUAAAGGAACGUGGACCAGAGUGACUCUGGAUUCAGAGUGCUUGUGAAUUGCCUUUCGAAUCGGACUGUAAAACAUUCUUAUUCCUUGUACAUACAUUGAAAAUGUAUAUUAAAAUGAUAGAGUAGAUGUUUAUUAGAUUUAGUAUGUAUUUGAGAGCUAAAUUAUUUGGGGUUAAUAUAGAUUUAUGUUAGUGCACAAUGUGCACUCACUCACACCCACGCACACACGCACACACUCAUCAGAAUCGGUUUUGACCUUAAUACCACAGAGGCCUAUUUAACGUUCCUGUUAGAGUCGCUAACAUUCAAUCUUGAAGGUUUUUAUUCCUAUAUAAAUAAGAUUAUAUAUAAAACUAUAAAAUGUAAAUGUCAGUUGUUCAGAAAGUUCUUAAAUCCAGCACUCUUGAAGUAUAAACACAGUGAAUUCCUUGUUUUUAUCUUAGUCUCCAGUGGCCUGCUUCUCUCAUUGGUCGACAGGGAACACCUGGUUCUGUCAUUGGUCGAGAUUUUUCUAAAACUCUGGAGGUUACGUUCAUGUCACGAAGACAAAAUGUAAUUUCCCAGCGCUACUGUUAGUGUUUGACAGUAGAACUGAACAUGUGACGUGGAGGUCAGGUUUUGAUUGGGCGGACACUGUGAUCACCCCCUCCCACCCUGUUUAAAGAGGAGCCAAUCACUGACAUGAAACCUCCUGGACAGUGCCACCUCUGCUGUUAACCUGUUUAGACGGACCGAGGGCUCUUGUCUGUUUGGCGGUUGUAGGGCUUUCCUCAGUUGCUCUGCAAAGAGUGUCAGUUUGGUACUGUCUCUGAGGUAAUAUUUUUAUCAGUUUGGUUUCACUUAUCAUUGCGCUCUCGAAAUGUAAACGCAUCUCAUGGAAUUUUCCUUAAAAAAAACUAACCGCUGAGCCCUUUAUGCGCUUUAUAAAUACAUUUGGCUCUACUGCUUUGAAGGGGCCUUAACGGAACUAAACAGUGCCUCUGCUACCUCUCUUUGUUCCGUUGCGUUAAUAGUCUUCUGUCGCACUGGAGUCAGUCUUGGGUGUACCUUUUACAAAAGGUGAUACCAAUACCUUUACAAGUACCUUUACUUAACAACCUUAACCAUUCAUACAUAGAUAAAUGUGUAGAUUGUGUAGUUGCCCUUUCUAUAUUCCUUGAUUGGUGCAGAACUAAAACAUGAAACCAAUGUGACUAAAAUGUAUCUAUAUAAGCCGUUAACCAACUUUGGAAUACCAAUCAUUAUCAACAUUAUUUGUCCCGCAUAAAUUGAUGUUGUCUGGAUAUUUUCCAUCCACACCUUUUGCAGAACGAUUUCCAACCACUCAAACAACACCAGCUUAUGUCUGACCAGCAUGUGUGCAGUGGGACCUUAGGACCAUGCUUUCUAUCUCAGAAGUAUGUUUUACAGACGCAAUGUGAGAAAGCGGUUGAGUCAAAUGGAGUAGAGAAAGCUAGGAAGCUACUAUUAAAAUGUCUUUAUACCAACAUUAAGAGAGUAGGCCUACCAAACGCCAAAAUUGAUUGAAUAUUGCUUUGGGUCUGGAGUAAGAGGGCUCCACUCUACUGACAUCAGUUGUGGAAGUUUGGGGGAAAUUUCGGACCAGAGAGCACUAACACAUCUUAGGACUGCCAUCGUUGUUGGGACCGGGGGUUUGGGGAUGGGAGGGGGGAUUAAAAAACCGACAAAACUUACAUUCCAAGCGACUUUUCAUAGAAGCCGUGAAACAAGCUGCUGAUGUUGUCUUAGGUGCCCGGUGUUGCCUUUAUCUACCCAAAAAUGCCAUAGUGUACUAUAACCGAGGUUGGCCUUCUGAAGUCAAACCGAUAUAUUUAGCGUUUUUAUCAUGUGGUAUGUUAAGAAAUAUAUAUUUGUGCCGGUCACUCAAGUCAAGAUAAACAUAAACAAAUCCAUGUUGUCAGUGUCACAGGGUUUACUCUAAACAAAGAAAAAAAAAAGUGAAUUGUACUAAGUAAAUUAUAUCCAAGCAUUUUUCAAAUGAUUGAAUCUAUGCAUUGUAUUACUUAAUAUUAUGUUGCUAUUCUUAUGUUUUAACUUUCCCUUGAACUCAUGACAGAGAUAUUAUAUUGUAUCAUAGAGCUGUGAGAUAUUAUGGUAUGUGUUGUUGUCAAAGUUGUAUGUUCCAGAUAGUUAUAUUGGCAAAAAAAUGAAGUUUAUUUAGAGAAUAGAUAAUGCAGUAAUUGAUAUGCUAAGCUUUUGUAAACUGACAUGUUGUAUUUCCUGUAUUUAGCUACAGUUUGUAGAAAAAAAGCUGAAAAACUAACAAAAUAUUGAAAAAUAUCUGAAAAAAAAGAUCUCAUUUUUAAAUUGAAAGAAAAAUGUCUAGUCUGUAAAAUAAUCCAUGCUGAAAUGCUGGAUUCUGGACCAAUUUUUUUGUAAUUUUAUGAGUAGAAAGAUAUUGCACUUUUACUUACGUUUUAUAACAAAGUGCUCCUCGCGUUAGGAGGAAGAAUAUCCAUAUUUUAAAAAAGGUUCUGUUACAUUUAACUCAUGUACAGGAAAACAUUUGGAAUUGUGCUGUGUGAUUUGCAAUCAAGAAGAAUAUAUAACUUGUUCAACAUUAAUGUAUUAAGAUUUAAAUAAAUGUACUUCUGUGUUUAAGAA